CACCCACUAUUCACCAUGCAUGGCAACUGCUUCUCAGAAAGCAUCCUGGCUGCCCCUGUCAACUACUGGAUCUCAGGUCUGGCCUUCCCAGAUUGGGCCUACAAAGCUGAGUCUUUGCCAGGCUCCCGGCAGAUCCAGCUGUGGCACUUCAUCCUGGAACUGCUGCAGAAGGAAGAGUUUCACCAUGUUAUCGCCUGGCAGCAGGGAGAGUACGGGGAGUUUGUCAUCAAGGACCCGGAUGAAGUGGCUCGCCUCUGGGGCCGCAGGAAGUGCAAGCCACAGAUGAACUAUGACAAGCUGAGCCGGGCCCUCAGGUAUUACUACAACAAGAGGAUCCUACACAAGACCAAAGGCAAGAGGUUUACCUACAAGUUCAACUUCAGCAAGCUUAUUGUAGCCAACUGUCUUCCUCCGUGGAAAGUGUGGGCACCCUCCACCCCCCACCUGCUGUUGAGGCCCCCUGCCCUGUGUCAGCCAGCCUUGGUGCCUGUGGCUGAGCAGAGUGAGUCCCUGCAUAGCAUGCUGUACACACGGGCCACAGAAACUCAGCCAGCUGGAGUAAGGACCCCACGGGGGCCACCAGAGGCCUCUGGGCCCAGGCUGGCAGAGCCCUUGCUGCUGUUUCCGGAACCUCCCAGGUGA